UGGGGCUAGUCAGACAGUGAAACAGACACGAGUCGGUAAAAACGUGCAGACUGCCGGUGUGGACAUUCAGUUACUUUGCUCAAUCAGACCUGUGAUAUGCAUACCGGCUUUCGCUCAUAGAAGGGAGAAAUAAGGAGAACCUCAGUUAUUCAUUGCGGCACGGUACACCGAGGCACCUUACAUACACGGAAGCCCCUUAAUGCUAUAACCGCAGUUUAUGACUGCCUCAGUGACGGAAGCGAUCCGUGUACAGACUUGACGGGACGGAAAGUCUAGGAACAUGAGAACUCCGCCAGUAGACUGCACAGUGCACUUUCUCUUGUAUUCACUGGUUGUACUAGCUAGCCAGUUUAAGACGUUGGACAGUCACCGGCUGACAGAAUUUUCCGAUCAUAGACAGGCUGAAUUUGUCAGCAAACUCGACAGCUAUGAAAUUUCAAUCCCACUUCGGGUCACCAAGGAGGGUGAAUUCUUGACACACUCCCUUCACCAUGAACGAUUUGACACAAGUGUGCACAAACGGAGUAUAGAAAGCGAAGAGGAGGAACAAAUUCAUUACCAUGUCCAAGUGGGAGAACACAAACUGCACCUUCAGUUAACACCCAAUCACAAACUCUUUGCACCUGGAAUGGUGGUUGAGAGGCGGAACGGCAAGUUUGGGAACGUCAGCGAUUCUAAAGUCCAGCGAUAUGGAUUCAACAAGUGUCAUUUCAUCGGGAAUAUCAAAGGACACAUUGGGUCGAAAGUUGCCGUAGCAACCUGCCAGGGUCUGACUGGACUCUUAUGGACAGACCAUGGGGAAUACUUCAUAGAACCUGUGAAGGGCCACAACACAACAAAAGAUCCCAAGCACCCACAUAUACUCUACAAACGCUCGGCAUUACUUCCUGAGUUAGGUGGUUACCAUGCCGACCACAGUCACCAUGGUGACAGCACUGAGGGGUAUUGUGGUGUUCAAGAAGAAGAAAAAGAUGUAGCAGAAAAACAGCGGGAGAGGUGGGAAGAACAUGAAAAUAAAAAGAACCACAAAAGGCGACAAAAGCGAUCUUACAGCUUGGAAAGAAAUGUGGAAAUAUUGGUGGUUGUGGAUCCCAAAAUGAUGGAAUACUACAAGAAUGAUCAGAUUGACACAUAUGUUUUAACUAUUAUGAACAUGGUAGCUAUCAUGUACCAUGAUGCCAGUAUUGGUAAUGCUGUCAACUUGGUCAUUGUCAGGAUGUUACUGUUGAAAAAGGACGAGGAGGGCUUAAAGAUCAACAAUCAUGCAGACAAUUCUUUGAAAAGUUUCUGUAAAUGGCAGAAUUCAAUGAACCCUAAGGAUGAUUCCCAUCCAAACCACCAUGAUGUGGCUGUUCUGCUUACACGGUACAAUAUCUGUUCUCGUCUGAAUGAGCCGUGUAGUACCUUGGGUUUGGCAGAGGUAACUGGUUUAUGUCAGCCGCACCGAAGUUGCAACAUCAAUGAGGACACGGGCCUAGCCUUGGCGUAUACAGUUGCACACGAACUUGGGCACAAUUUUGGCAUGAAGCAUGACACUGAGAAGAAUGGUUGUGAGGCAGUACCUGGGGCACAUCAACAUGUAAUGGCACCUCAGCUUACAGCAGACAACAAGCCCUUGAUAUGGUCUAAUUGUAGUAGGACUUCUAUCACAAGAUUUCUUGAUCGUAACUGGGGUUACUGUUUGGAGGACGAGCCUGCAGAUCACAAAUUUGCGCAAACAAACUUGCCACCAGGUGUCAUGUACGAUGCUGAUCACCAGUGUCGUCUGCAAUAUGGGCCAGAGGCUUCACACUGUAAGGGCAUUGAGAAUGUUUGUUCCAUAUUGUGGUGUCGUAUUGACAAUCGUUGCUUGACACGUCUAGAGACAGCAGCAGAAGGAACGCGGUGUAAGGAGAACAUCACGGGAUACCUGGCAGAAUCUGACUCUGAGAUGUGGUGUUUCAAUGGAGAGUGUACAGUGAUGGGAGAGCGGCCAGAGGCUAUAGAUGGCAACUGGGGCAUGUGGUCUGGCUGGACUGGGUGUAGUAGGAGCUGUGGAGCAGGAGUCAAGUAUUCUGAAAGACACUGUGAUAACCCACCUCCGUCCAAUGGAGGAAAAUAUUGCCUUGGUGAGAGGAAAAGAUACAGAAUAUGCAAUACUAAAUCGUGCCCAGAAGGAGAACCAGAUUUCUUAGAAAGUCAAUGUGCAGAGUUCAACUACAUUCCUUACAAAAAUGGUUUAUAUGAAUGGGAGCCAGUUCCUUCACCAUUGAACCCGUGCCAGCUCCAUUGUAAACCAGUUAACAAGUUCUUCUCUGUGAUGUUGAGGGACAUUGUAAAAGAUGGGACUCCAUGCAAGCUUGGGACUAGAAACAUGUGCAUUAGUGGAAGAUGUAGGCAUAUUGGUUGUGACUGGGUAAUAGACUCUGAAGCUAAAGAAGACCGCUGUGGGGUGUGUCAUGGUGAUGGAAGGGCAUGUACCACAGUCAAAAAAGAAUUUAAAGAUGUACAAGGUUUAGGCUAUGUGGAAGCCACGGUUAUCCCAGAAGGAGCCAGGAACAUUCGAGUUGAGGAGGUGGCCGAGGCCAAUAACUAUCUUGCUAUAAAGGACAAGAAAGGGGACUAUCUUCUCAAUGGCCACUGGUAUAUUCAGUGGAGUGGGGACUACAAGGUGGCAGGCACCACACUGAGGUAUGACAGAGUUGGCAACAAGGAGAGCUUCAGUGCUGCUGGACCUAUCAAAGAACCAUUGCAUAUUAUGCUUUUGUUCCAGUCUAUCAACCCAGGCGUUGUGUUUGAGUACACAGUACCCAAUGAAAAUGCCACAGAGAGGGAGCCAGUGUUCCUAUGGGAGUUCACUGAUUGGACACACUGCACUGCUUCCUGUGGUGGAGGAUUCCAGCGGCGUGUUGUUGUGUGUACAGAGGUGGAGGCAGGUGUGGUGGAUGAUGAGUACUGUAAUAUGACAUCCAGACCUGAAGACAAACAGAAAAGCUGUAAUGAACACUUGUGUCCAGCAAGAUGGUGGGCAGGACCCUGGGGACACUGUUCUGUCACAUGCGGUGACAAUGGCAUGCAUCGUCGUACAGUGAUCUGUGUGCGUAGUCUGGGCCAGGACCAGCAGAUAGCUCUGGAGGAUCAGGACUGUGAGGACCAGGUGAAACCAGAGGAAACUGGGCCCUGUCAUCACAAAGAUUCAUGUCCAGUAAAGGUGGAAUGGCAGGUUGGACCUUGGUCAGCGUGUACCAGAAAAUGUGGCCUAGGCAUCCAGUUCCGCCAAGUAGAAUGUAUGAGUGGUCACAAGUGUAAUCAUCUCCCAAGACCAAAGACACAACAGGUGUGCAGCAAUAUACCUUGCCCCACUGACAUCAGCAAUGUAGUGCCAGAACUGGAAAACAUUGGAGAUUCUUCACAAAAAGACAACUCCAGUCUUAAGACAAAUCUGGUGGAUUCUGUCCAAAGUCGCAACAAUGACAGCAACACAGACCAGACCAUUGUUACUUCAUCACCAACAACAGUAGCUUCAUUUUCAACAACUGCAAAGACUGAUGAUUUGAACAAUAAGCAACAAAGUGGCAUCAAUCCAUCUGACAAAGAUUACAAAGUGCUGUCUCCAUUUUCUUCAAAUAGCAAAGCUGAUCUGGAUGAUGGAGCUGUAGAUACUCCCAGUAACCAGGAACUUACAGAAAAACAGCACCCAAUAAAUCAAAGACAUAGACAUCAUCAUGGUCACAGAAAUAGAACACAUAGUUCAAAAAAUAUUAGAAACAAUGCAGGAGAUAAAGAAGAUGAAGAAAUCAGUCUUGGAAGUGAAGAUGGAAGAAAUGAAGUUUUAGUAACGGCAACACAGAUGCAGUUAUACAAGUGGAGGCCAUUGGAAUGGUCAGCUUGUAGUAAAGAAUGUGGUGGUGGUGUCAGGACACGCCCCAUGAAAUGUGUGAACCAAGUGACUAAAACAGUUUCGUGGGACACUAUGUGCCAUGAUGGAGACAAGCCAUCAGAAGUGGAGGCCUGUAAUGAUGAACCCUGUCUAGAGUGGGAGGUCUCUGACUGGGGAGAGUGCUCUGUAAGCUGUGGACCUGGAGUCCAAGCAAGAAGUGUGCGGUGUCCAGAGAAACAUAGGUGUGACCACUCUAUUAAGCCAGCAAUACAUCAGCACUGUAAUCAAAAGUCCUGUCUGCUGUGGGUGACAGGACCAUGGAGCUCUUGUUCAAAGUCCUGUGGCACAGGAGAGCAGAUUCGGCAUGUAAAGUGUAUAAACACAUCAUCAGAUGAGCCAGUAGAUGGGUGUGACUCCAGCAUAAAACCUGUAGAUAAGCAACAGUGCAAUACCGAUGGUUGCAGUGAUGAAAAUGCAGCCUUUGAAGAAGGGGACUGCAGAAUAGACAAGAUGAGGUCAACAACAUGUGAAGUUCUGAAGGGCAAAGGUUUGUGUGAUCAGCGCUUUGUUGCCAGACACUGCUGUGUGACUUGUAAGGAUGACAAAACGGAUGACACAUGAUGUCACAAGCAGGAGAGACUUUUGCCAUUGAGUAUUUUCUCAUGUUCUUGUUGAGAUGACUUAUAAAACAAACUCAUCAUCAUUAUCAUCUUCUCCAUUGUCAUCAUACUGUAUCAAGUAGUCUGUCAUGGGAUCAGCUGGCCAAAACUGCUUGCAUGAUAGGACAUCAGUGGGCACUGUCAGAGAGGUGGCUGGACACCUGGCAUCUAGGCCUGCUAUUAGCUCUUCCACAAGUGCAAAAAGUGGCAGAGUUCAAUAGCUGCAAGAGCCCAGGGAAUGGGGUACAUAGAUCCAUACGUGUUGUGCUGUUGAAAUAUUUCAAUGCUGUGAUAUUAAUAGAAGUUUGGCAGCUUGUUUGCUGAAAUAGCUGUAGACAAGAUAAACAUUCUGAAAGAGCAGCAAUGGUGGAUGGGAAAAGGCUGAGCCAUAAUAUGUUGAGGUCAAAUAUGUAUGAUUUAUCCAUUUUGAUUGACAAAAAAUGACUGAUAUUUGUGCUAAUUACGCAACUUACCAUGUAAGCAUCUCAAUUUAAUUUCUGAUAUCAGUUGCAUAAGGACACCAAGAAAAGUAUUGUUCAGAUAACUUGUUUUUUUUUUGACAGAUAUUUUUCAUUUGCAGUAUAAAGAUAAAAAGAAUUAUUCCAUGGAUCAAUGUUCAGUAUUCAAUCAAUCUUUUAUCAUGUAUUAAAUGUGUUGAAAGACAAUUGAAAUGAGACUGGUUGACAGGUUCAUGUUUUUAGCUGUUGUGCACCAGAUUUCAGCAAGGAUAAGGAUUAUCCAUCUGCUCAGAUCAGAAUUUGGUAAAUUUUAAUAAGAAUUUUUUAUGAAGGAAUAUGAGUAAAAAAGUGUAACUUGUUAAGUAGUGAAGUAUUUCUUGAUCAUGUGAAACCUGAUAUAUUCUCUCAUCAACAUCAAAAUGUUUUGUUUUUUCAUUUAGCCAUUUUUCUAUUAAAAUCCUGAAUUUAUAAUUGUCAAAUCAUGUCCUUCUUUGUGGAUUUUGUGUGCCAUAUUAAACAGCACUGCCAAGACAAUUGGCCCGCAUUUUAUAAACAAGGUAAUGCUAUACUUUAGAAUUACAUUUAUAGGAAUUGUCAAUUGAAUUACAAUUAGAGAUUGGUCUAGAUGCCAUGCUUACACUAUGGAAGCUGUCUGGAUAUUAUCCUCAUAGCUGGCAAUAUAUUUUCACAAAAAAUAAAAAGAAAAAAAUGCAGAAAGCUUGCAACUUGAAUUUAAGUCAAUAUAGUGGUAGUUUUAUUCAUGUACCAAGUAUCUAAAAUAAGCUAAUGCUUGGAGGCCAGUCUGCAUAUCAAAAAUUAUCAUUUUUGCCUGAGUUUGUGAAAAUGACAUCAAUUGCAAUUAAAAAUGCAAAAUUAUGUUAGUGAUGUAUUGUUUCACAAAAGACACAUUUGUGCUGAAUUAUAAUUAUUUAUUUGUUUGUUAAGAAAAUGCAAAAAAAACUGAGAAGUUUGAGAUAGUUUGGUUUUCCCAAAGUGUUGAGUAAAAAGAGUCUGUUGGAGUAGACUGUAAACAUCUGUGAUAGGAAGAGUAUUAUGACAGUUACACAAAACUGCUUUGAGCUGAAAGCAAAAUUCAAUUCUCUACUAACUUUCUGUUAAGAGGAUAUGCCAUGUCACUGAUUCACUUUUUAGUCAUUUUCUGGUGGUCAACACAUAUGAUAUGUGCUAAUCUCUUGAAAUUGAAAUAAUAUCAAAGCUUGUGACAUUUUAUAAAGAGUAGGAGAAGACAGCAGCUGGGCUUCAUAUUUACAUAGCAGUGCUCCAGCUCACAAGCAGGCUUCAGGCAGGCAGGGGGUAUGCUAGAUUUAAAUGUAUGGUCUGCUACACAGACAAUCACAUGUGUAAAGAGGUUCCUAUGUGCCUUCUUCCAAAUGUGUAAUUAAGGGCCUUUUUUUAUUUUAAACUGAAGGUGGAUAUAUCAUUCUGAGCCAUACAUUGAUCAGUGAAAAACAAUUUUAGCCAUCAAUGCCCACAAAUUUGAUACAGCAGCCUUCAGACUUUUUUGUGAGCAUUGAGUUAAUGUAUACUCUUCCCUUCAGAAUUUUAAUGGAAAAUCCCUGAUAUUUUAGUGCACAAUGCCAAAGAUUAUUACUGCAACUCAUUCUGCUGCUGAAAGCAUAUUAACAUUAAGGCUUGGAAUUUUAGUUAAAUUGUAGAAUUCAGUUAUGUGUUAGACUUCACAGAAUAAGAUUGUUUGGCAAGUGAAGUUCAACUCAGUAGAUGUGUUAGCAGAAGUCUAGUUUUGUUACUGCAUAUCUUCAGUUAUGCCAAAUGUACAAACUUUGUAUAUAACAUCUGUUAUAUAACAGAACUUUUAGGAUUCUGUGUAGUUAAUGAUAUGCCCAUUAAGCUUAUAUAGAAAAUGUUCAACAAUUUUCUGUUCAAACAUUUAACUGCCAAAAUGCUAUUUUAGCUUUGAUUUUUAAAGGAAUAUUACAUUUAAUGGGCAUUUUACAUUACCAUAUCAAAACUUAGAAUCUGAUUAAACAAUAGAUUUAUUUCUGAAUGUUCAGAAGCUAUAUUAUGUUAUGUAAAACUUGUAUUGUUAUUGAGAAUUAUUAAAUUACUUUUGUACAACAGUA